AAAUGGUUGGGGGAGUGGCUGAGAAGCUAGCUUUGCAAAGAUGGCCUCUCUCUUUAGAGCUAUAUUCAGCCCCAGACCAAGCCCUGUCUCUAAUAAGCAGGCUAAAGACGAUGUCUACCAGACUAUUGCUAAUUCUCAACCUCAUAAUGUUUAUGAGGAGGUUCUCUUUCUUAAAGGGCACAGUGGCCCAGUCAACCACUUGAAGAAAAUCAAUAAAACACAUUUUGUGACCGGAGCUGAUGACAAUCUUGUUGUUGUGUGGGAGUCUAAGUACGGCUCAAUGACAGAACUCUAUCACAGUUACCACACAUCACCAAUCACUUGUAUCCUUCCCCUCUCAAUCAGUAGUGACUAUAGUACUGAGUCUGAGACUGAUAUCAGCGAUCAUACCAUCGCGACUGCGUCAUCUACUGAACUGGUCAUCUGGGAAUUGAAGGACAUUGAGCCCGGGGUUAAUCCUAAAAUCAGUACCGAUCACAAGGGCGUGAUCAACUGCUUAUGUCUCCUACGUCAAGACAUGCUUUGCUCAGGAGGUCAGGACAUUUGUCUCUGGGACAUACCUUCUGGCAAACUACUCUCAAAAUAUGAUCGCUCACAAAUCCCAGAUGAAAACAUAAGCGAGAUUCAUUCAAUCUUGGAAAUAGAGGGAAGGAAUUUCGGUAUAGUAGCUGUAUCAAAGAACCCCAAACCUGAGUUUUAUGAAAUAAAGAAAUCAACGGUGACACAGACCGUCCAAUAUCACCUGCAAUUCAACGAUCACCUCCUCUCGUUUCACAACGGACCAGUCUCAUACCUCACUUCAGUGUCAAAUACUUUAUUUGCUACUGGGUCUGAGGACGGCAGUGUCAUUGUCUGGUCCAUUAAUUCGCUGAACGCAAUUAAGAGAUUUGAGGGAAUGAAAGACGAUUUUUCCGAUAGCUCAAACUCUCUGAGUCAGUCUACAUCAUCCUCUAUCAUGAGUUCUACUAUAAUCAACUUUGAUCCUUCAAGCAGGGUCAAUUUUAUACUAGUGCUAUGUCAGCGCUAUUUGUUUGUUGCCAUUGGAAGAGGAUUCAAAGUGUUUGAUGUCUACUCUAGUGACGUGUCAGUAACGCCCCAUGAAUUGCAGAGUACCCAUAAACCAUUAGUAGUACACACAGAAGCUCACAAAGACGCCAUCAAUCACAUGGAGUUUAUCAUUGAAGAAUCAAUGUUGAUAACAGCUUCUGCUGAUCAGUCAGUCAGGCUAUGGAAGCCUGACCCAUCACUCGCUCCGUUUCAAAAAAAGCCUCCGGUACAAAAGAAAGAGGAUAUGGAUAAGUUCAAUGUUGAAGUGUUCUGUGGUAUACAUACUAAUUCAACAAACCAGAGACAGUCUUUAAGAAAGAGAAGAUCAUUACCAUCACAAACCACCCCAAUAGUACCAACACUGGUUGGUGAACUAAUGCUACACUCUGAUACUGUACAGUCAGUAUUAUUCAUGAGCAGUGAGGAUGGAUUGGUAACGUGUGGCAGUGACAAUAUGGUGCUGCUUUGGAAAAAUCUAGACAGUGAGGAUGAGAAGAGAGAGUCAGAGCUUAGGAAAUACUUGAAAGAGACGUACUAUGAUGCUGUCCCUUGACAAAACAAUAAUAAUAGUUCUAUAUGUAUAUUGUGAAAUUGUGUGAAUGUCCGAUCUAUGUUUACAAUCACUAUAUUGAUGCAAUAAGUGUAUUUUUGUUGAUGUUGUUGUAUUAAAUUCAUUUUAUUAAACUUUUUGGAAUCUUUGCAUAAU